GAGACUCGGGCCGUGCUCCCGCCUCGGCGUUACCACCCGCCCGCCCCCAUCUUCCUGGCGCCUUGAGCACCCUCGCCCGUGGCCCCAGCUGAGGGGCCUGUCUGCCAGACUCGCACCAAAACUUGUCCGCCUUGGGCUUAGGAUCCUUCAUUCUAGGAACUUCUCUGGAGCGGGUGGACCAGGAGCUAGCAGCCCCCCUCCCUCCCCCGCGCCCCGCCUCCCUCUCCUGCCUUCUUUUUUUUUGGGGGGGAGGAGCUCUCCGCGAUCUGGAGAGUUCCCGAGGGUCACCCGCCGCCGCAUUGCGCUCGCUUUUCCGUCUCGCCUUCACCUGGAUAUAAUUUGCGAGCGAAGCUGCCCCCAGGAUGACCACGCUGGCCGGCGCUGUGCCCAGGAUGAUGCGGCCCGGCCCGGGGCAGAAUUACCCACGCAGCGGCUUCCCGCUGGAAGUGUCUACCCCCCUCGGCCAGGGCCGGGUCAACCAGCUUGGAGGAGUAUUUAUCAACGGCAGGCCUCUGCCCAACCAUAUUCGCCACAAGAUCGUGGAGAUGGCCCACCAUGGUAUUCGGCCUUGCGUCAUCUCUCGCCAGCUGCGCGUGUCCCACGGUUGCGUCUCUAAGAUCCUGUGCAGGUACCAGGAGACAGGCUCCAUCCGCCCUGGUGCCAUUGGAGGCAGCAAGCCCAAGCAGGUGACGACGCCUGACGUGGAGAAGAAAAUUGAGGAAUACAAAAGAGAGAAUCCGGGCAUGUUCAGCUGGGAAAUUCGAGACAAAUUACUCAAGGACGCUGUCUGUGAUCGGAACACCGUGCCCUCAGUGAGUUCCAUCAGCCGAAUCCUGAGGAGUAAAUUUGGAAAAGGAGAAGAGGAGGAGGCGGAUCUAGAGAGGAAGGAAGCCGAGGAAAGCGAGAAAAAGGCAAAACACAGCAUUGACGGCAUCCUGAGCGAGCGAGCCUCAGCGCCGCAAUCCGACGAAGGCUCCGACAUUGACUCUGAACCUGACCUACCGCUGAAGAGGAAGCAGCGCAGGAGUAGGACCACCUUCACCGCGGAGCAGCUGGAGGAACUGGAGCGCGCUUUCGAGAGAACCCACUACCCAGACAUCUACACCAGGGAGGAGCUGGCCCAGAGGGCAAAGCUUACCGAGGCCCGAGUGCAGGUCUGGUUCAGCAACCGCCGUGCAAGAUGGAGGAAGCAAGCUGGGGCCAAUCAACUGAUGGCUUUCAACCACCUCAUUCCAGGGGGAUUCCCUCCCACCGCCAUGCCGACCCUGCCGACUUACCAGCUGUCGGAGACCUCUUACCAGCCCACGUCUAUUCCGCAAGCCGUGUCCGACCCCAGCAGCACCGUUCACAGACCUCAGCCGCUUCCACCGAGCACCGUACACCAAAGCACUAUUCCUUCGAACCCGGACAGCAGCUCUGCCUACUGCCUCCCCAGCACCAGGCAUGGAUUUUCAAGCUAUACAGACAGCUUUGUGCCUCCGUCGGGGCCCUCCAACCCCAUGAACCCCGCCAUUGGCAAUGGCCUUUCACCUCAGGUCAUGGGACUUCUGACCAACCACGGUGGGGUACCGCACCAGCCUCAGACCGACUACGCUCUCUCCCCUCUCACUGGGGGACUGGAGCCCACGACCACGGUGUCAGCCAGCUGCAGUCAGAGACUGGAACAUAUGAAGAAUGUGGACAGCCUGCCCACUUCUCAGCCCUACUGCCCUCCCACCUAUAGCUCCACAGGCUACAGCAUGGACCCUGUCACAGGCUACCAGUACGGGCAGUAUGGACAAAGUGCCUUUCAUUAUCUCAAGCCAGAUAUUGCGUAAGUGAACUGUCCACUUGGAGCUAAGCUGGCCCUGUUUCCGGCCUCCACAGACUAGACAUGAAGAAUCUUCUCAGAAAAACAAAAAACAAAAAACAAAAAACCAAACAAAAAUAAAUAAAUAAAAUAAAAUAAAAAAAAGUCAGCCUUUGGGGGAGGUGGAGACAAAAGAGAUUGAUUUUCUUUCUCCAGUAGUUGGUUUCAGAUUCUUUGAACAUAGUGGACAAAAAGCAGUGGAGUUGAGGAAGACCCACAGCUACAAAAUGCACCAGUUAAAGGCAGCGACAUAAGCUGGCUGCACGUCAAAAUGUUCCCAACUCUCAGUUUUGAUCAAGACACUAAAACAUUCCAUUUGUGUGUGUGUGUGUGUGUGUGUGUGUGUGUGUGUGUG